ACAUAAAAAUUAAAUAAAUUGAGCAAAGAAAUAAAAGAAGAAACAAAAGUUUUUUGCGCAACAAAUGAGAAAAAUCGCAAGAAAUUGAAAACACAAAUUUGUUCGUCGCGCCGUCGGUGACGAAACUUGUUGAGUGUGUUGCGAGUGUUCAGUGUGUUGAGUGUUGAGCGAGUGUGUUGCGUGCCGCCACGCCCACAAUUUUUGGUGCAGCCACGUUGCCAGUAAAAGACUUCAAAACGGUUGCCUCACGGUUCGAGUGGAAUGAGCAUAGGGACUCAGGUCUUCCUUUCGAUCGAUCGGUCUACAAAGUCGUUAAACUGAGCCCCAACUUGGAGCCCUACCCCGCCAGCGUGGAGGGCCUGAACAGCCCCAGAGCGGUGGGGAUGGCCGCUACCUCCUAUAUGACACCGCCCAGCGGUGAUCUAGACAUGGCCCUCGGCGGUGGCGGCGGCGGAGGCGGCGGCGGCGGUGGUGGCUAUCACACAUCCUCGCCCCGCUCGGCCGCCGAUGCUGGCGAAAUGAAGUACAUGCAGCAUCACCACCAUCAUCAUGCAGCCGUUGCCGCUGCCGCUGCCUCACACCAUCAACAGCAGUUGCCAUCGUCGCCAUCGCCCAACGGGCAGGUGCAACAGGGCAACAGUCUGGGCGGCCUGACGCCGGGCUCGGGGCUGGGCAGCUGGAGCGCCCUGCAUCCGGAUCCGUGGUCCCUGCCCAUCACAUCACAUCACACGACGCACCAUCAUCCCGCCGCCGCCGCCGUCGCAGCCGUUGACUCCGUCAAGCAGGAGAUGUCACAUUUGUCCCAACAGACGCGCAUCCAGCAGGGCAUGGCCUCGCCGCAUGCUGCGGCGCCGUGGCAUGCACCACACGCCGGCCACUAUGCGUCCACGGGCGGCUCCCCCUUGCAGUACCACCACGCGGCCAUGAACGGUAUGCUGCACCAUCAUCCGGCCCACCAUCAGGUGGCGCCACUGCAUCAUGCGCUCCGCGGCGAGUCGCCGCAGUUGCAUAUACCACAUCACAUGGGCGGCGGUGGUGGGGAUCGUGACACGAUCAGUGGUGGCGAGGAAGACACGCCCACAUCCGAUGAUCUGGAGGCGUUCGCGAAGCAAUUCAAGCAGCGCCGCAUCAAGCUCGGCUUCACCCAGGCAGACGUCGGCCUCGCCCUGGGCACGCUCUACGGCAACGUCUUCUCCCAGACGACAAUCUGUCGCUUCGAGGCUCUACAGUUAAGUUUCAAGAACAUGUGCAAGCUGAAGCCGCUGCUGCAGAAGUGGCUCGAGGAGGCCGACUCCACCACGGGCUCGCCGACGAGCAUCGACAAGAUCGCCGCACAGGGACGCAAGCGCAAGAAACGCACGAGCAUCGAGGUGAGCGUUAAGGGCGCCUUGGAGCAGCACUUCCACAAGCAGCCAAAGCCCUCGGCCCAGGAGAUCACAUCGCUAGCGGACUCGCUGCAGCUGGAGAAGGAGGUGGUGCGCGUGUGGUUCUGCAAUCGGCGUCAGAAGGAGAAGCGAAUGACGCCACCGAACACGCUCGGCGGCGACAUGAUGGACGGCAUGCCACCGGGACAUAUGCACCACGGUGGCUACCACUCGCACCACGACAUGCACGGCAGCCCCAUGGGCAACCACUCGCACAGCCACAGCCCGCCAAUGCUGAGCCCCCAGAACAUGCAGUCGGCUCACCAGUUGGCGGCUCACUAGCAAUCAGAAAUCCAGGAGUCGAACUCAGCUGCAGCUGCGUCCACUCCUGCAAACAGUCUGCACCAACAGCAACAGCAACAACAACAGCAGCAACACCAACAGCAACAGCAACACCAACAGCAGCAACAGCAACAGCAGCAACAGCAGCAGCAGCAGCAGCAACAACAACAGCAGCAGCAGCAGCAGCAGCAACACACGCCCAAUACACCCUCAUCCAGUGCGGGCUCCUCGGUGACGAUGACCAGUCAGGGUCAGGUGAUGUCGCCGCAGAGUCCGCUGGGCAGCUCCUCCGCUAAUGGUCAGACGAACAAUAACAAUAAUAACAACAACAACAACAGCACCAAUAACAACAACAAUAACAACGAGGAGCAAGUCAAGCAACAGCAACAGGCGUCCAGCAUAGCAGCCGCUGCAGCAGCUGCUAUGUACAUGGACCCGAUGCGCUAUCAGCAUGCGCAUCAUACCGCCCAUCAUCCGCACCAGCAUCCGCAUCUAAAUCCCGCGCAUCAUCCGCAUCUAUUCCAUACCAGCGAUCAGCUGCAGCAUCCCCACGCCCAGCACCUGCAGUCGCAGACGCAGGGCAGCAGCAGCUCCCAGCUGUCGCCCGGCGCCGGCAGCAACAGCGGCCUGCCGCUGCAGCCGCCGAGCGCCGCCUCGCCGGGAUCGGCGUCGAGUGUGCUGGGCGGCCAUCUCAAUCUGAACGCCCACUCGGCGGCGGCACUGCAUCAGCACCAUCACUACCAGCACCAUCAUCACCAGCAGCACCAUCACCACCAGCAGCAGCAACAGCAGCUGCACGCCCGUCGCCUCUUCGAGCUGAGCCUGCAGUUCGGUGCGGCCGCCGCGCCGGGUGCAGUGCGUCACUUCAAUAGCUUUGGCGGCGGCGGUUCGGGUGGUGAAUAGCAUUCGUCGGCCGCCUGGUUCGGCUACGAGUCCUCCUAGGACACGCUGUCGGACGGGUGGCCGCAAUGCAAGCGCGAGCAGCCCUGAAAACCAGAUGCAGAUCUGACUCCGAUUGGCUCGAUCCCUGCUCCAAUUGGAGUCUCAGCUCUCGUCCUUCGUCUUUCUCGCCCAUUUCGGGGCUGCUCCAUGCCUACCCCCCUUAAGUCCCCUUUUUACCAGUGCAUUAAUCUGUGUUACAACUAAUUAGUUAGGGCAGUGGAUCAGUUAGCUGAAUACUCUUCUUCUUCUUAUUCAUAUUCUUUUAUAUACAUAAAUACAUAUAGACAUAGCCUGGCAGCUGCCUCUCAUCUCUUUGUUUAACACGAUUAUACAUUUAUAUAUAUAUGUAUGUAUGUGUGUAUUUUUGUUUCAAACUUCAAAGUUUCAAAAACUUUCAAAAACAAAUAAAAAACAAAAACUCGUUGUAAAAAAUUUAAACACGCAAUUCAAAUCAAACGUGAAACCAAGUGAUGUUGUUUUUAAAUCUAAAUUUAAAAAAAAAAAAAAAAAAAACAAAAAAAAAAACAAACAAAAAUCGAUCAAAUUGUAAAUCGAUAACUAGCUAAAGUGCGACAAGUGUUGGUAAAUGUUCCACAAGAAUAAGAACAAGAGAAAAUUGAAAUCGUUAAACAACUUUUGGCCUUCAGCUGCGAUUCCAUCCAAGCAAAGGUAAAUCUUAAAGAAAAUAAAAAACAUUUGACCACGCCCCCAUUUAGCCUACGACCCAACACUUUGUCGCCCGUGUGAGUUUAGAGAACUAGCAAAACAAAACAAAAAACAAAUAAUAAACAAAUAUAAUAUAAUAUUAAAUAUAUAUAUUUAAGCAAAACUAAAGAAAAAUCGUAAAAUAUGUGUAGCGCUCAAGUGGUUCGAGCUGAACCACCGCAAAAGAAACAAAACUCUGAUCAACUCGGUUCUAGCUAGGGUUUUAGUCUAUCCAACAGCCGUGCAGAUAUAUAUAUAUAUAUACAUCCAAUAUAUAUAUAUAUACCCAUAUAUAGCCAGUA